UGCAAGCCAUCGUGACCACUCCGCGUAUUGCCCGAACACCGAAGGAUGUUUAGUUACGGAUAUAAACUUAAUUACAUCUAAUCACAUCGGAAUCGGAGAGAUAGCUAGUUAGCUUCCAGCACAAAUCCGAGUCGACCUGACUCAUCUUUCCUCCUGCUACUCCUACAACAAGAGUGCAUAUAUAUAUAUGCACCUACAUACCUUUUUCAUCGUGAAACCGAAGCACCUAGCUAGACACAGCGGAAUAUAAUCGAGCCCUCAUCGAUUAAUCCAGCAUAUAUCGAGCUCAAUUAGCUAGAGAUCGAUUCAUGGACAAGCUUCUCCGGCCUGCACGUUUACAAGAAAUCAAUGGCCUCCCGAGCACUCGUCCUUCUGGCGGCAGUCAUCAUCGCCUUCUUAUUACUCCUCUCGCCGGCCUAUGCUGCUCGCCCGGCGGACAGACAUUCAAAGCCUGAAGCAGCACACCACCGUAAAUUCGGACAAAAAACUUGGACACAAUUCGGACAACAUAGAGCAGCUGCUGGGCACCGUAAACUUGGACAGAUCGAGACUACCGAGCUUCCUUCUCCGGAGAUCAGCACCGACCAGGUUCAGGUCGACGUGGUAAGCCACGGAGCGGUCGGCGACGGCGAGAGCGACGACACGCCGGCGUUCAUGGAAGCAUGGGCAUCUGUCUGCUCUUCGUCUACACCAGCCACCCUAAUCGUCCCCAAGGAGAAGACGUUUCUCCUCAAGCAGACCGUCUUCUCCGGCCGAUGCAACUCCACCGUCACCUUCAAGCUAGACGGCAAGCUGGUAGCUCCGGCCACCAGAUCGGAGUCGGACUGGGGCAAGGGCAACAACAGACGGUGGAUCAUGUUCUCGAAAGUCGACGGGCUGACGGUCACCGGGGAUGGCACGAUCGACGGCAGCGGCGAGAUCUGGUGGAAGAAGUCGUGCCGGGUCGACAAGAACCUCCCGUGCACCGGUGCACCGACGGCGCUGUUGCUGUACAAGUGCAACAAUUUAACGGUCGAAAACAUCCGGCUCCUCAACAGCCAGCAGAUGCACAUGUCGGUCGAGGAUUGUAAAGAUGUCGUCUUGAAGCGUGUCAGGAUCACUGCGCCGGGGGAUAGUCCGAACACCGAUGGGAUCCACAUUGCUCGUACCAAAGAUAUCCAGGUCAUCGAUUGCGACAUUGGGACCGGAGACGAUUGCAUGUCGAUCGAGACUGGGACGGAGAAUUUAUACGCUUCCGGCGUGACGUGUGGCCCGGGACACGGGAUCAGCAUCGGAAGCUUGGGAGACGACAACUCCGAGGCCCGGGUGUCAAACAUUACUAUCUACAAGGCGCGUCUCACCGGCACGACCAACGGGGCACGUAUCAAGUCAUGGCAAGGAGGAAGAGGCUAUGCUAGAGACAUCACAUACGAGGACAUGGUCAUGGAGGAUGUCAAGAAUCCUAUAAUCCUUGACCAGAACUAUUGCACCAUGGCCGACCCUCUGAGGCCGAAGCCAUGCGAGAAGCAAGACUCGGCGGUGGAGUUCAGCGGCAUCCGGUUCAAGAACAUUCGGGGCACGAGUGCCACCAAGCAAGCCAUCAAGCUAGAUUGCAGCGACGCCGUCCCUUGCCAUGACAUACUGUUGCAGGACGUGAAGCUCACCUUCAACGGGCGUCCACAGCGUCACAGAGGCAGAUCAGCUCAUCGUUCUACAACAACAAGCUUAUGCAACAAUGUGCAGUUGCAGACAUUGGACAAUGUUGAUCCAAAGAUCGCCUGCUGAUCGAGGCGGCGCAACAUGGCUGUUUCUUGGAUUGUUGUUGUGCUUGUAGGAUGUAGAUCGAUUAGUCACUUGUUGAGAUUUUUUUACAUAUAUUACAGUU